UGAUGAUGCAAAUUUAGGUCCAAACAAAAUGUCAAAAUAUUUUAUAUAUUGAAUAGAAUGAGUGGAGUUGAAUCUGACAUGUGACAACCCUACUACCUUUGCUUAAGUUGAGAAUAGCAAAUAGUGUAAUGUAAUCUUUGUUUUUGUUUAUUGUAAAAUUGUAGGUAUAGCCUUUGGGACCCUCCUUCAAACAAAAACCCUAACACCACUUUCUUUCCCAAAUCUGUAAUAUCCAAAACAAAAUAAAAUAGCCGAAAGCCAUAGUGUGUGUCUCUGUGGCUCAUAUAAUAUAAUAUGAUUUUCAAUUAUUAGCCAAAAUUAGGGUUUCAAAUUCCACAAAAAUGUACAAAGAAAAAGAAAGAGGCGUUUCUGCUUCCAAAUCGGAAGAUCGGAAACGAAUCAACGAUGUUCUCGAUAAACAACUCGAACGAUCUUCUCCUUCAACUUCUCGUCCCAUCAAUGGAAAACAUGGCAAAGAAAGAGAAACCACCAGUAACAUCAAGGAUCCUCGUUUGGCUUCCGCUUCCAAAACUUCCAAUAUCUCUGAGGAAUCUGAAACAGACAGUGAAGAAUCGGAUGUGAGUGGUUCUGAUGGAGAAGACACAUCUUGGAUCUCAUGGUUCUGCAAUCUCAGAGGAAAUGAGUUCUUUUGUGAGGUUGAUGAUGAUUACAUUCAAGAUGAUUUCAACCUUUGUGGAUUAAGCAGCCAAGUGCCUUACUAUGAUUAUGCUCUUGAUUUGAUUUUGGAUGUUGAAUCCUCCCAUGAGGAGCAAAAUGAGUUAAUUGAAUCGGCAGCAGAGAUGCUUUAUGGUAUGAUUCAUGCACGAUACAUACUGACAAGCAAAGGAAUGGCUGCCAUGCUUGACAAGUACAAGAGCUAUGAUUUUGGCAGAUGCCCAAGAGUUUACUGCUCUGGACAACCCUGCCUUCCAGUUGGUCAGUCGGACAUUCCUAGGUCAAGUACUGUGAAAAUAUAUUGUCCUAGGUGUGAGGAUCUUUAUUAUCCUCGGUCCAAGUAUCAAGGCAACAUCGAUGGAGCUUAUUUUGGAACAACAUUCCCACACCUCUUCUUGAUGACAUAUGGACAACUGAAGCCACAGAAACCAUCUCAGGGCUAUGUUCCAAGAGUUUUUGGGUUCAAACUUCACAAGCCAUGAAGCUGAAGUUUAAGCUUUCAUGAAAGUAAGAGGCUGUCAGAAUCUCAUUUACCUCUUUGUUGUAGUACUCCUUGCAGCAUUCAGCUGAUCAAAAGCUUUUCAAAACAGUACAAUAUAGACGUCCGAUUUACUUGUUUUAGGAGCGUGUUGUAAAGAAAUAUGCAGACGUGUGAAGCAAGUGCCUAGUUUCACUUCCAGCUUCAAAUUCAAUGAGCAAGUGCUUAGGUACUUGACGACACUUUUAUGUAUUUGUUACAAAUUGUAUUUGGCAAUUUCCUUAAUGUUUUAUGUCUCAGAUUACAUA